AUGGCAUCCUCGUCCAAUUCUCUGUGCGCCGCGUGCAAGUUUCUUCCACGGAAGUGCAUACAAGAAAGCGUGUUUGCGAACCAGCCGACAAAGUUUUCGAACAUUCACAAGGUUUUCACCACAAGCAACGUUGAUAAGAUCCUCAAUGAGCUGAACCCGACACAAAGAGAAGACGCAGUGAACUCACCGGCCUACGAGGCAGAUGCGAGGCUUCGCGACCUCGUUUACGGCUGUGUGGGUUUAAUCUCAAUCCUACAACAAAGGCUGAGGCAGUUGGUUAUGUGCUCCUUGAACAAUGUUAAUGAAAUCCCAGCUUCCAAUGACCCAAAACUUUUGAAAGAAACUAUUGGAGGAGAGUGGGGUCUUAAUGGGUGCAUUGUAUCUUAUUGCUAUUCAAUGGAUGUAAUAGCUCAUAGACAAAAAUGA